CUUCAAAAGAGAAAGUAAAAGUUGCCAAAAUGUUGACAUUUUGUCCAACGUGUGCUAAUGUUUUAGUGGUUGAAGAAGGACAGAAUUGUUAUCGAUUUGCUUGUAACACUUGUCCGUACGUUCAAAAUAUUCAAAGAAAGAUAGCUUCAAGAAAGUAUCCAAAACUGAAGGAGGUUGAUGAUGUGUUGGGAGGAGCAGCGGCCUGGGAAAAUGUAGAUUCUACGGAAGAAACAUGUCCUAAAUGCAGUCACAACAGAGCAUACUUCAUGCAGAUACAGACGAGAUCAGCUGACGAGCCCAUGACAACCUUCUACAAAUGCUGCAACAUGGAAUGUUCCCACUUAUGGAGAGACUGAAAACUCUGUAGACAACAGAAUGUUGUGAAGUGUGACAUUUUAGAAACAAAGUGACUCAGAUCUGCCCUGGACAUAGGAAGACCAUUAAUUCUGGCAGUAAUGUACCUCAAGUGGGGUAGUGAAGGAGGUGUUUCAAUUCAUUCUUCAACUCUUGUCUUGAUAUUACAUGUAAAACAAAUGUUUGAGUGGUAUUUUUUUUUUAAAUUCAUAAUCAUGCAAAAUGUCUCUUUGUACAUUAUACAACAUAAUGAAUAUUGAUUACAUAUUCAUGUGACAUAUCAGUUUUGAAAUGUCACA